UGCAUCCAUGGGGACCAAAGUGUUACUGCCUUUUGUUACGGCUCUUCUGCUCUGUGGGCUCUGCCAUGCUGGGUCUGCAGGGAGAGAAUUUGCCACUGUGUUCAUGGAGAAUUAUAGGAGUAGCUAUAGGGGUGAAAGGUUCCAGAUCCAAAUCUCUGCCCUGCAUGCCAACACUAAGGUCAAAGUGAGUGUCUCCCGGCUGAACUUUGUCCAGGAACGCACUCUCGGAGCUGGCCAAGGAGUCACCAUUCCAAUAGACCACCGUGUGGAAAUAUGCAGCAGCCAGAAAUCUGGCAAUACCGUCCUGAUCGAAGCCACCAAGGAGGUAACAGUGGCCUCCCUCAACUACAAACCUUAUACUGCCGACACCUCUGUGAUCCACCCUGUGAGCGAGUGGGGGACAGAAUACUUCAUCUUUACUCCUCCAAUCUCCCCCGGGGGUAUGUCCAAAGAGUUUGCCGUCACUAACCACAAGGAUACCAACACAGUUGAAAUCUUCCCUAGUAAAGUGGUGAGAUUUGAGGGGCGUGUGUACUAUCCCAGGAGCAAGAUCACUGUUACACUGGGUCCCUUUGAGAGCUUGCUGCUCCAGAGCCAGUAUGACCUGACUGGCACCAGGGUGGCCUCCAAGCUUCCAGUGGCUGUGACCACAGGCCACACUUGCACAUGGAGGUUCUCCAAAUGCAACCACGUUUAUGAGCAGCUGUUGCCGGUCAACAAAUGGGGAAAGAGCUUCAUUGUGGCUCCCCUGAGUUUCCAGAGCAAAUUCGACACCGUCAACAUCCAGGCCUCCCAGCCCACUCAAGUCAGCGUGAAGUCACGCAACAAGGUCGCGGUGCUGCACAUGCAGAGAGGUCAGAGCUUUGAUUUAGAGCUGACAUCCCAGGAUGCAGUCUUCAUCACUGCUGACAAAGGCAUCCAGGUUCUCUUCCUCUUCAAUGGGGCCAAAACCAGUGCCGAAGACUACGAUCCCUUCCUCACGACUAUCCUGCCCAUCGACAGCUUUUGCACCUCCUACACUCUGAAUGGGCAGGAUGGCUUUAAGAACAUGGCCAUCUUCCUGGUCCGCACUGGUGACCUGCCAGGAUUCCGGUUUGACAAUGCCCCUGUUCCCAAGAACGUCCAAUGGAAGACGGUGGCCGGAACUGAGUUCUCCUGGGCUGAGAUGUCCUACCAGGGGGGCGAGGCCCGACACAGCGCUGCACAUCCCAGCUCACCCAUUGGUGUCUACAGCAUCGGCUUUUGCCAUAUGAAUGGGUAUGGAGCACCAGCACUCUGUGGUCAGUCAGAGCUGUCAUGCGAUAGCAUAACAUGCAGUGCGGAUGAGGAGUGCAAGAUGGAUGGAGGAACACCGACCUGUGUCAAAAAGAAGCCCUCGGGAACUUGCUGGGCGCAGGGAGACCCCCACUACCGCACGUUUGACGGGCGGCGCUUCGACUUCAUGGGCACGUGCAGCUACACCAUCGCCAAGAACUGCAAGGCUGAUGACGGCCUGCCUCCCUUCGAGGUGGAGACUCAGAAUGAGAACCGUGGAAACAUCCGGGUCUCCUACGUGGGCCUGGUCACAGUUAAGGUCUACGGCGUCACCAUCCACGUGGCUCGCUCCGAGACUGGACGUGUCAGGAUUGACUACGGCCUGUACAAUCUCCCGGUGGUCAUCGGUGAAGGCAAAGUCAGGUUGUUCCAGAGGGGCUGGUCAGUCAUCAUAGAGACAGACUUCGGCCUGAAGGUGCAGUAUGACUGGGAGUCUUAUGUGGUGGUCACUGUGUCCGGCGACUUCGCGGGCAAGGUGUGCGGCAUGUGCGGCAACUUCAACGGUAACCCCAGUGACGAUUUCGCCACCCCCAGCGGCUCUCAGGCACCCAACGCGGUGGACUUUGGCCGCAGCUGGAAGGUGGCGGGCCUGGUCAGCAACGCCGCCUGCCGGGACGAUUGCCAGGGCCAGUGUGAACGCUGUCAGAACAACCUCCUGAAGAAAUGGGAGGGGGAGCUCUUCUGUGGGCUCCUGACCCGCAUAGUGGAGGGGCCCUUCCGCCUCUGCCACGCUGUUAUCGACCCUCGCAUUUAUGUGGACAACUGCCUGUAUGAUGUGUGCAUGGCGGACGGUCUGAGGCACUUCCUGUGUCGUGCCCUGGAGGCGUACGCUGAUGCCUGCCAGAAUGCAGGGAUUCAGGUGUUCGACUGGAGGGUGAUCGCCCGCUGCCCCGCCAAGUGCCCAGAGAACAGCCACUACGAGCUGUGCGGGAGUGCCUGCCCGGCCACCUGUGCCGACCCCACUGCCCCCUCCAAAUGCAAGGCCGCCUGCGUGGAGACCUGCACCUGCAACAAUGGCUUCGUCCUGAGCGGGGGUAAGUGCGUGCCCACGUCCCGCUGCGGCUGCUCCUACCAGGGUCGCCACAUCGCCCCCGGGGAAUCCUUCUGGGCCGACGACGGCUGUAGUAAGCGCUGCACCUGCAAUGCCGGCAACAGUCAGCUGGAGUGCAAGGACACCGGAUGCAAGAAGGGCGAACAGUGCAUGGUCGUGGACGGCAUCAGGAACUGCCACCCGGUUUCCUACAGCAACUGCGCCGGCACGGGUGACCCCCACUACCGCACCUUCGACGGCCGCCGCUAUGACUUCCAGGGCACCUGUGUCUACCAGUUGGUGGCGCUGUGCGCCAAAGACCCUAGCCUUGUGCCUUUUGAGGUGCUGGUUCAGAAUGACCACCGGGGUAGCAAGGUGGUCUCCUAUACCAGGCUUGUGGAGAUCAAAGUGUUCGGCAUGAACAUCGUCAUCAGCAAGCGAACCCCAGGAAAGAUCAUGAUAAAUGGUGAGCUCACGAACCUGCCAGUACAGCUGGAAGAUGGACAGGUGUCUAUCUACAAGAGUGGCUGGUUCGCUGUGGUCGAGACCGGCUUCGGGCUGAAAGUGUUGUUCAACUGGAACAGCGCGGUGUUCGUCAAGCUCGCCAGCACGUACGCGGGGGCUGUGUGUGGGCUGUGCGGGAACUACAACAAGAACGGGGGGGACGACCUGACAAUGAAGGAUGGCAGGGUGGCCACCACCCCGGCCGAGUUCGGCUCCAGCUGGCGAGUGGAGGAGAUCCCCGGCUGCGUCCACGGCUGCAAGGGCGUCUGCCCCGACUGCGACGUCACACAGAAGCGCCUGUACGAGUCGAACGAGUUCUGCGGCAUCAUGCGCGACCCCAAGGGGCCCUUCCGGGAGUGCCACGCCAAGGUGGACCCCGCUGGCUAUUUCGAGGACUGCGCUUACGACGUCUGCCUCUACAAGGGCAGGAAGGACGUGCUGUGCCAGGCCAUCACUGCCUACACCUCCGCCUGCCAGGAUGUUGGGGCCAACAUCUACCCCUGGAGAACUGAGAAGUUCUGUUACAACAAAUGCCCCGCGAACAGCCACUACGAGGUGUGCGCCACCGGCUGCCCUGCUACCUGCCAAAGCCUGGGCCCACCUGCCGGCUGCAAGGCCCUGUGCAAGGAAGGCUGUGCGUGUGAUGAUGGCUUCCUCCUGAGCGGGGACGACUGCGUGCCCUUCUCCCAGUGCGGCUGCCAGUACAACAACCGCUACUACAGCAUCGGCGAGGUCUUCUACCCCGGCGGCAAGUGUGAUGAGGAGUGCAAGUGCGGUCAGGACGGCCAGGUGGAGUGCAAGAAGUUUACCUGCGGUCCCAACGAGAAGUGCGAGGUGGUAGAUGGGGUGCGGAAGUGCCAGCCCAUCGGGAAGGGGGUCUGCUCCGCCUCAGGAGACCCCCACUACAAAUCUUUUGACGGGUUUAGGUUCGACUUUCAGGGCACCUGCACUUAUACACUGGCCAAGGGGUGUGGCCUGGAAGGGACACACCUGGUCCCCUUCGCCGUGCAGGUGGAGAACGAGAGGUGGAAGAAUGUGUGGCCAGGCUCAAAAGUCUCUGUCACAAAACUGGUGGCGGUGGAGGUCUUCGGCUACACUUUGAUCAUGAGAGAGAACAUGUUCGGCAUACUGGUUAACGGUGUAUUCAACAACCUACCAGUGAACCUGAACAACGGUGCAGUGGUGGCCUACCAGGAUGGCGCCCACUACACUGUCGAGACCAACUUCGGCCUGGUCGUCACCUACGACCUGGUGUACCACGUCACGGUCACCGUUCCGGGCAACUACCGAGGGAAGACCUGCGGCCUCUGCGGGAACUUCAACGAAAACAACAACGACGACUACCGCCUGUCCAGCGGUGCGGUCACCAGCAACGUCAAUGCCUUCGGGGCGUCGUGGAAGGUGGCCAUCCCCGGGGUGGUGUGUGAUGACGGAUGCGCCGGAAACGACUGCCCGAAAUGCGACGCCAAGCUGAAGGCUGUCUUCCAGCAGCCGGGCUACUGUGGCAUCCUCACCAACCCCAAGGGGCCCUUCGCUGCCUGCCACGCCAAGCUCGACCCCAUCCCCUACUUCAACGACUGCAUCUAUGACAUCUGCGUUUCCCAGGGAGACCGCAAGGUGCUCUGUGACAAUGUUGCCGCCUACGUCUUCAACUGCCAGGUGGCGGGAGUGGAGAUCAAGAGCUGGAGGACGGCGUCCUUCUGCCCGAUGUCCUGCCCGGCCAACAGCCACUACGAAAUCUGCACAGAUAGCUGCGAAACUGCCUGCGAGGGCCUGACCGAGAUCGCCAAGUGCUCGUCCACCUGUACGGAGGGAUGUUCCUGCGACGCCGGCUUCGUCUUCAACGGGCAGAACUGCGUCGAGUCCAGUCAGUGCGGCUGCUUCGCAAACGGACACACCUACAAGCCCGGACAGGUGGUGUUUGAAAACGAAUGCACUCAGAAGUGCACCUGCGAUGCCGUCAAAGGCCUGAUCUGCGAGAGCCACACGUGCCCGGGUGGGACCAAGUGUCUCGUCAGGAAAGGAGUGAAGGCCUGCUUCAACACAGAUCCCUGUAAGGACGCAAAGUGCCGCGUGAAGGAGACGUGCCGGGUGGAGAAGGACGAGGCGGUGUGCGUGCCCCAGUACACAGGCACCUGCUGGGCGUGGGGCGACCCCCACUACCACACCUUCGACGGCUACAACUUUGACUUCCAGGGCACCUGCAAGUACACCAUCUCCAAGACCUGUGGCGACCUGGCGGGCCUGGUUCCCUUCUCCAUCCAGGAGAGGAACGACAAUCGCGGCAGCACUGUUGUCUCCUUCGUCAGGGAGGUGGAGGUGUCUGUGUACGGCUUCACCUUCGUCGUCACCAAGUACCAGUAUGGACGUAUCAUGGUGAAUAACGAGAUGGUGAACCUGCCAUUCGAAGCUCUGCGCGGCCAGGUGAGGGUGACGCAGGUGGGUAACAUGGCGGUGCUGCAGACGGACUUCGGCCUGCGCGUCUCCUAUGACUGGAACGCCUACCUGAUCAUCCAGCUGCCCAGCAGCUACUACGACAGCGUAUGCGGCCUGUGCGGCAACUUCAACGGUAACGCUGGUGACGAGCUACGCAACCCCGCCGGCCAGCCCGUCUCCUCCGUCGUCGACUGGGGCAAGAGCUGGAGGGUGGCGGACCCGGACGACCCCCUCUGCUGGGACACGUGCAAGAAGGACUGCCCCGACUGCAACGACAACGACAUCAAGCUGUACCAGACGGAGGCCUACUGUGGCGCGCUUGCCGCCAAGGUCAACAGCAUCUUCCAGAAGUGCCACGCCAAGGUGGACCCGCAGGCCUUCAUGAACAGCUGUGUCUACGACGUCUGCAUGAACAACGGCGACCGGAAGAUGCUGUGCCAGUCGCUGGCCUCCUACAGCGACAUGUGCCGCAAGGAGGGCAUCGUUCUGGACAACUGGAGGACCAGGUUCAACUGCCCCAUGAACUGCCAGCCCAACAGCCACUACGAGGCAUGUGCUAGCCCCUGCCCAGUGUCCUGCCCGUUCCCAGACGCCAAGCCCACCUGUGAGGGCACCUGCGUGGAGACCUGCGUGUGCAACAAGGGCUUCGUCCUCAGCGCUGGCAAGUGCGUCCCGGCGGACACCUGCGGCUGCUCCUACCAGGGCCGCUACUACAAGUCCCGCGAGCGCUUCUGGGCGGACGACGGCUGCACGCAGCUGUGCGAGUGUGACCCGGCCCUGGGCAUGGUGGUGUGCCGCGAGUCGGCCUGCAAGUCCAACGAGCGAUGCGCGGUGGAGGGCGGCUCCCGCGUCUGCAAGCCCCUCAGCUACGCCACCUGCAGCGGCGCUGGCGACCCCCACUACCGCACCUUCGACGGGCGCCGCUUCGACUUCCAGGGCACCUGCAUCUACCAGCUGGCGGCGCUGUGCGCCAAGGACACCGACCUCGUCCCGUUCAAGGUGACGGUGCAGAACGACCACCGUGGCAGCAAGUCCGUGUCCUUCACCAAGGUGGUGACGGUGGAGGUGUACGGCAUUACCAUCACCAUCAGCAAGGACUACCCAUUCAAGAUACUGGUGGAUGGCCAGUUCGUGUCCUUGCCCUUCUACUUGAACGACAACGAGCUGGUGGCCCAGCGCAGUGGCUGGACUGCAGUGAUUGACACCGCUUUCGGAAUGCGGGUGACCUUCAACUGGAACAGCGAGGUGUUGGUCACUCUGCCCAGUACCUAUGAGGGCGCGGUCUGCGGCCUGUGCGGGAACUACAACAAGAACCCGGGCGACGACAACAUCAUGCGUGAUGGGAAGCCGGCACCAGGCGAGACCCAGCUGGGCGACAGCUGGCAGGUGGGCGUGGUCCAAGGCUGCUCGCCCAGCUGCUCCGGAGACCACUGCCAGGUCUGCACCAACGCCCAGAUGGAGACCUACAAGGGCCAGCGCUACUGCGGCGUCAUCAGCGACGCGGCCGGCCCCUUCCAGGAGUGCCACGCCCGCGUGGACCCCGCCCCUUACCUGCAGAACUGCGUGUUCGACGCCUGCUACUACAAAGGCCACCACACAGCCGUUUGCGAGGCUGUGGCCGCCUAUGCCUCCGCCUGUCAGAAGGAGGGCGUGGCCAUACAGCCCUGGCGUAGCGCCACUUUCUGCCCGCCCGCCUGCCCCAAGAACAGCCACUACGAGGUGCACGCCACGGGCUGUCCCGCCACCUGCGCCAGCCUGGUUGCGGCGGGGCGCUGCCAGCUGCCCUCGCGGGAGGGCUGCCAAUGCGACAACGGCUUCGUGCUGAGCGGGGACGCCUGCGUGCCCGUGGCCGAGUGCGGCUGCUCCUACGGGGGCCGCUACUACAAGAAGUGCGAGGUCUUCUACCCCCAGGGCAAGUGCGAGGAGGAGUGCAAGUGUGGCGAGAACGGUGUCGUCUCCUGCCAGAAGUUCAAGUGCGGCGCCGGUGAGGUGUGCAAGGUGGCGAACGGCGUGCAGGGAUGCCACCCUGCCGGGGAGGCAAAGUGCGUGGCCUCGGGCGACCCCCACUACAUCUCCUUCGACGGCCGCCGUUUCGACUUCCAGGGCACCUGCGUCUACGUCCUGGCCAAGCUGUGCGAGGGUAACAGGCAGCUGGUGCCUUUCACCGUGGAGGAAGGGAACGAGAAGUACGGCAACGGCAAGGUGGCCGUCACCAAGUCGGUGGCGGUGGCGGUCUAUGGCGUCGUCGUCACCAUCAAGCAGGGGAUGAGGUGGAAAGUGAUGGUCGACGGUGAGCUGAUGAACCUGCCACUCUCUCUGGAUGAGGGCCGCGUCACCGUCAACCAGGAGGGCCACAACAUCGUGGUGCGGACGGACUUCGGCCUGCGGGUGCUGUACGACGCCGUGUACUACGUGGAGGUGGUGGUGCCCUCCACCUACCAGGGCAAGAUGUGCGGCCUCUGCGGCAACUACAACGGCAACGGCGGGGACGACUACCGCCUGCCGGACGGCGGGCUGACCACUAACGUAGACGACUUUGGCCGUUCAUGGGCGUUGGAAAUGGCCAAGGCGGAGUGUGCCGGGUGCAGGGGUGACUGUCCCGUGUGCCCGCAGGCCGAGGCGGCCCGGCACGGCAAGCCCGACUCCUGCGGCAUCAUCAGCGCCGCCGGCGGGCCCUUCCAGGCCUGCCAUGCCAAGGUGGACCCUGACCCCUACUUCAAGCACUGCGUCUUUGACGUCUGUGCCCUCGGAGGGGACACAGCCACCCUCUGCAAGAGCGUGCAGGCCUACGCCAUUGCCUGCCAGGACGCUGGGGUGGAGAUCCGCCCCUGGAGGACCGGCUCCUUCUGCCCGGUCGCCUGCCCGGCCAACAGCCACUACGAGCUGUGCGCAGACACCUGCGGCACCACCUGCGCCAGCCUGGCGGGCCCCGCUACCUGCUCCAAGGCCUGCUUCGAGGGUUGCCAGUGUGACGACGGCUUUGUCUCCGACGGCGACAAGUGCGUUGCCAUGGACUCCUGCGGGUGCCUCUACGAAGGACGAUAUCUGAAGGCCGGCGAGCGGGUUGUGAACAAGGGCUGCAACUACGCGUGCGAGUGCCACGCCUCGGGGGUGGUGGUGUGCGAGAAGGUGGAAUGUGCCAGUGGGGAAGAAUGCGGCCUGCGGGACGGCGUGCUGGGCUGCCACCGGAAGCAGGGAGUCUGCACCGUCAAACCCGGCGCCCAGCUCGCCUCCUUCGACGGCAUGAAGGGGGAGGUGGCCCGUCUGGGGGCCUACCACGUCGCCGCGCUCUGCGACCAGAGCUCCGCCCAGUGGUUCCGCGUGGUGGCGGACGUCCGGGCGUGCGAGAAGGGCGGCCAGGCCGCCGUCGCCGCCGUCUAUGUCUUCUUCAAGGGCGCAGUCAUCGCCGUCAACAAGGAGCAGCAGGCCUGGGUGAAUGGCCAGAAGGUCUCCCUGCCCAGCACGCUGGAGAAUGAGGUGUCCGUCAGCGUCUCUGACAGCGUGGUGGUCGUGGAGAAGUCGUCGGUCGUGCGCGUCUCCUACUCCCUCACCCUGGGGGUCAAGGUGACCAUCAGCACCCCGCUGGCUGGCAAGGUGUGUGGCGCCUGCGGCAACUACAACGGCGACGCCAAGGACGACAUGACCACUGCCGGCGGGGCUGUGUCCGGCAGCGUGUCUGACGUCAUCAACUCAUGGCAGGCCGGGGACUUCUCUAACUGUGGCCUGUGAAAACCUGCACACCCCUAACACUGAGCCUCGUGUACACUUCAAUGAGCCUCACAUCACAGACAGUUUCUCCUUCAUAAUGCCACUUAAAUCAGUAAUUACCUCUUGUAAAACGGUGACACUUUAUUUUUCCACUUGAAGAGCUUGUUUCAGCCUUCAGAUAUUCUCACUUACUCAGGUCAAUAGCAUGUGAAGUAAAAGAGAAGAGGCAGGGUGCGGAUUCUGGUGCAUAUUUUUUUAACUGAAUAUUUUUAAAAUGCUCUAGGGGAAUGUGUGAAUCAUUUCUACUUACCUGUCAUACUUUAAACAGUCUUGUCCAUUUUCUGUCCUGAGCUAACAUAUUGGGAUCUGAACUGUUCCUGAUGUUUACUGGAAGUAACAAAUAAAGCGAUAUAUGUGACUAAAUA